AUGACGACCGAUAUGUCUACAACAGAGGCCAAGCGCCCAACGGAUCUACCUCGGUCGAUUCCCUUUUGGCGACUCGUCACUCAGCCGGGAGCCAUCACUCAAGAAGUGUUUGACCAUCCCUAUGCCGGCUCUGGAACGGAUGAAGAUCCUUUUGUGGUGCAAUGGAUGCCGAAAGAUUUUCGCAAUCCACUCCAGCUGAGCACCCCGAUGAAAUGGGGUAUCACGAUGGUGGCUGCCAUGGAGACCCUUGUCGUAGCCCUUGUCUCAUCGGCCUAUACUGGCGGCAUUGUGCAGAUUGAGGAGCAGUUCAUGAUCACCACCGAAGUUGCUACUCUAGGAGUCUCCUUGUACGUGCUGGGCUUUGCACUGGGCCCUCUUCUGUGGGCCCCGAUGAGUGAACUCUUCGGUCGUCAGGUUGUGUUCAUCGGCACCUACUGUGGUUUAACCAUCUUCUGUGCCGGAACCACAGGGGCGAAGAACAUUGCAACACUUUUGAUAUUCCGCUUCCUGGCAGGUGCCUUUGGAUCCUCACCAUUCACCAACUCUGGAGGAGUAAUUGCGGAUAUGUUCUUGGCCCGCGAACGAGGAUUGGCCCUGUCGGCCUUCGCGCUGGCCCCCUUCUUGGGACCAGUCAUUGGACCGAUUGUGGGUGGUUUCUUGGGCAUGAAGGCCGGCUGGAAGUGGGUGAUGGGUCUGUUGACCAUCCUCUGCGGCGUGAUGUGGUUCUUUGGUGCUGCUUUAAAGCCUGAGACGUACGCGCCUGUUCUCCUUCGUCAGCGCGCAAAGACACUUUCAAAAUUGACCGGAAAGGUGUAUCUGAGCAAGCUCGAUAUUGACCAAGGUCGUCCCGUCCCUAAGGAGGCCAUGAAGACUGCUCUCUCGCGUCCGUUUAUCCUCCUCUUCCGCGAACCGAUCGUCCUCUUGCUCUCGAUAUACCUCGCGAUUAUUUACGGCACGCUCUAUAUGCUGUUCGGUGCCUUCCCGAUUGUAUACGAAAUCCAUCGCGGAUGGAACCAGGGGGUCUCUGCGCUGGCCUUCCUAGGCGUGAUGAUAGGCAUGUUUGCCGCGAUUGCCUACUCAGUCCCCGAGAACACUCGUUACAGCAAACUUUUGGAGAAGAACGGCGGCUACUCACCCCCAGAGAGUCGUCUACCUCCUUGUAUGAUCGCCUCAAUUGCCCUCCCCGCCGGUCUCUUCUGGUUUGCCUGGACAAACUCUCCUGAUAUUCAUUGGCUCGCGAGUAUUGCAGCUGGCGUGCCUUUCGGCUUUGGUAUGGUUCUUGUAUUCCUAAGUGUCUUCAACUAUCUUAUUGAUGCCUACACCAUCUUCGCUGCGUCCGUUUUGGCUGCCAAUUCGCUGCUGCGAUCGCUAUUCGGGUUUGCCUUCCCCUUGUUCACAACAUACAUGUUUGAGAACCUGGGCAUCCACUGGGCCUCAUGUGUCCCGGCCUUCUUGGCCCUGGCAUGUGUGCCCUUCCCCUUUGUGCUGUACAAGAAGGGCUUGGCGAUUCGCAAGUACUGCAAAUUCUCUGCCCAGUCGGAAGCCUUCGUUCAGAGCCUUCUUCGGGGUGACACCGAGAAAAAUGCGGCCGCUGAGGAGGAGGAGCCGUCCCAAGCCGAUCAGUCGACCAUCGCCGAGGCUGCCACUCGGGUACCAUCGACAGUCGAGGAAGAAGGUGCCCCAUCGCACGCUUUACAAAAAGAAAAUGACGCCGAAGUGCUCUCGAUCCAUCGCUCCCUCUCGCGUGUCGACACUCAUACCUCGCAUAUUCAGCGGGUGCCCACCUACGAUGCCAAUCCAUACAACAUUGACCGGAUGCACACCCGCGAAUCUUUCAAAUAA